AUGCCACCCUCCUGGAGGACUGGCCUUGUCAAUGCCUUCCCUAUUCCCGAAGACCGCUUGAAGUCGAAAAAGGGCUUUAGAAGGGGACAUGUCGGGGAUCUUUCUUCUAUUCCAGUAGAGCCAGAUGUACCGGCUCUCCCGGGUGGGCCGUUCAAGUUCUUCGAACUCCCGGGCGAGAUUCGUAACAAGAUUUACAGCCUAAUUUUGUUCGGCGCGCCGGGCUACAGAGGAAUUGACGGCCGGAAGAAGAGCCGUACUUCAAUCCUUGCAGUCAACAGAAGGAUGCACCAGGAGACGUCAUACAUUCUGUACAGCUCUCUGAGUUUCAGAAUCUUCCCAUUGCAGGAUUUUACGCCUGCGCCCAUCAUCCAAGAACUGCGCCCAAUGUACAGGGCGAUGGUGACAAAAUUGGAAAUGGUGGUGGGCUCAAGCUGGACCAGUCCGCCCAAGACGUGGCGAGUUAGCAAACUCCUGGCAAGACGAUUGGGAAAGUUGUCUGCUGUGCAGAGCCUGAGAUUGUUUGUGCAAUGCGACCCGAGUACGCCAACGUACGAAAAGUACAGAGUCUCGCUCAACUUCUACACCGACUUCUGCGGCGACCUGCUUCGCGAUGUCCUGGCAGUAAUGCCCCAUUUGGAGUACAUUGAAAUCGAUGGGAAUCCAGGCGUUGACACCCAAGGUCCGUUAGUAUCUCGACUAGUGACCGAGGCUGAUUCCAAAGGCAAGACUUGGACUUUAGGGCCAACAAAGCCCUUUGCGACCCCAGAAGGAAUCAAAGUUCUUUUUUGGGUUUGA